CAUUUGUUGCGCUUAAACAUUUAACUUGAUUGCGAAAGAGGCGUGGAAGUGCUUUGAACAACACGGCGGCAAACAUUGCGAAGCCGCUUAAAAUUGUAAUGCGAUUGUGACAAGUUGUCAUAAUAGGUUAUAAGUGACAUUAGAGCAAAUGUCAAGAAGAAUUACUUACUUUGAGAUUUAUAUUUGUAUUACUUUCUGAGACAAAGAUUUCAAGGCAUUGUGAAUACGACGUACCUGGAUGAUUAAUUUCAGUAUGUUGGUGUGAGAGUAUGUGAAAUACAGGUGGCUAGUGAAUUGUAAAUAUGAAGUGUGUAUUUUAAAACAGUUUCUGUGAAAGGCCCGUGAACAGCGAUUGUUUCACACUCUUGUAUUUGUGAGAAAUCAUGCCUUGGGAUUGUUUUGCAUGUUUAAAACCUGAGUCAACAGAUAUAAAGCAAUUGAACUAUGAACAUUGUACUCUGAAUGAUGUGCCAGCUGAAGUAUUUGCAUUUGAAAGAACGUUGGAAGAGUUACAUUUAGACUCAAACAGAAUUAGGGAUUUACCUCGACCCUUAUUUCAUUGUCAUGGAUUGAAAGUAUUGUCGUUAAGUGACAAUGAAGUCCAUAGCUUGCCCCCAGCUAUUGCUUCUCUAAUCAACCUUCAUCAUUUGGAUGUCAGUAGGAAUGCUUUAAAUAGCAUUCCAGACAACCUUAAAGGGUGCAAACAUCUCACAUAUGUAGAUGUGAGUGUUAAUCCCCUUGAAAAAUUACCUGAAGGGUUCACUCAGCUCAUCUCUCUUGAAGAAUUGUACUUGAACGAUACUUAUUUAGAUUUUCUGCCUGCAAAUUUUGGUCGUCUCAUGAGACUUCGAAUACUGGAACUCAGGGAAAAUAAUUUAAAUACACUGCCAAAGUCAAUAGCAAGACUUGCUCAUCUGCAACGUUUGGAUAUUGGACAAAAUGAUUUUUCAGAUGUUCCCGAAGUUAUUGGAAAUUUACCAAAUUUAACAGAGCUCUGGGUAGAUUCGAACCGCAUCAGAAGCAUUCCACCUCUUAUUGGAAAUCUUAAAAAGCUUGUACAUUUGGAAGCCAGUAAUAACAAUAUUCGCUCAGUUGCCUCAGAAAUUGAACACUGUGCUAAACUUCUAGAUUUAUCUCUCACCUGUAAUGAACUCACUUCUUUGCCAAACACAUUGGGAAAUCUUAGAGAAUUAGUUACAUUGAAAGUAGAUGAUAAUCAACUUUCCAUGUUACCAAACACUAUAGGUAAACUAUCAAAUUUAGAAGAAUUGAUUCUCAGUCAGAAUGACUUGGAAAGCUUACCAGCAUGUAUUGGAUUAUUGAGAAAACUUCAUGUGCUUAAUGUUGAUGACAAUAUGCUGGAAGAAUUGCCACCAGAGAUUGGUAGCUGCACAAGUUUAACAAUACUGAGUGCUCAUAGUAAUAAAUUACAACAUGUACCUGCAGAAUUGGGCCAUUUAAGUAAUUUGCGUGUAAUAAACUUGAGUGAAAAUCAAUUACAAAACCUGCCUGUAUCUAUAUUGAAUCUUGUACAUUUAACGGCUCUAUGGCUCUCUAAUAAUCAAAGCACUCCUCUUACAACUCUUCAACAAGAAAUUGACAAGCAUACAGGACAAAUGGUGUGCACAAAUUUCAUGUUGCCGCAAAGCACACAAGAAUGUAAUCCUAUUGAAGGUCAUUGGGUGAGACAAGAAGUUUGUGCAAAUGCACCUACAAAAGUUAAGCAGCAUAUAAGUUUUGCUACUGAUACUGAUGCAGAAGCUCCUAGCCGGCUCAUGAGAGCCCCUACUCCUUAUCCAAAAGAACUUCGUGCCAUGGCCAAACACGCACGUGCUAUGCAUCAUUUAAAAAGAUCUCCAAAAGAAAAUGAAGAUGAUUUGCCAGUUGUGGAAGAAAUGGUGUCACAAGAACCUAAAGAUGUUUUGAUAAAAGAAGCAAAAGUGAAAAAGCCUAGUAUAGAUCCUGUAAUAAUGCAAUCAGUGGUUCAGCAUGUUGACAAGAAUUUGGACAUCCUUGGAAAACAGAUAGAUUGCAAGGGAUAUGUGGAAACAAAUACCAUUUUGCAAGAGUAUGAUGACAUGACAUAUGGUAACUCUCUUGGAGAAAUGCCAUCUGUAAUUGCUUUGGAUACUGGGCCAGUUGUGCGAGAGGCAAAAUGUGUCAGAAAAAUAAAUACACCAAUUACUAAUUCAUCUGCACUUACAGAGAGUAGACAGAGAGAAAGUGUUGUGUCAAAUUCAGAACAGUCUUUUCAGACUCCUCCACCAUAUCACAUAGCAGCUGCUUAUUCUAAACAAGCAAUUUUUUUUAUGCAAAGUCAUACUAAGUCAGUGCCAAAGACAGUAAAUUAUUCUCCUGAAACAUCCAGUUGCUCAGUUAUGGGAAGAGAGAAAGAUGAACAAAUAGAUCCUGAAGAAAUUGAGACGUGUGUAAAUAAUCAAUCUAUAAAUGAAGGAAUGAACCCAAGACCUGGUGCACCACAAGUUCCUGUCAAAAUAAAGGAGCAUGAUCAUUUAUACUCAUUAGAAGGAAAGCAAAUUACUAGCACAGUUAAUUCUCUCACAGAAGAGAAUUCUUUGCCAGUAGAUGUCUCUAAAGAAGAAAAUUUAUCGGAUGAAGUUACUUUUUUGUCGUUGCCAUCUAAUAACGCGAACUUCGGUUCUGUCUCAAACAAUGAUGUUGAAAUCAAAAGGAACUCUAAUUUUGGAGAGAAAAACGAGGUAUCUUACAGUAGUACAUUGACUCAUGAACAUAAUUCAAGCGAACCUACAAAUGAUGAUGCUAUAAGGAGGGAACAGAAUGCUUCAGAAGUAUUUGAAAAUGGUGUGGAAAGUGUGACAUCAAACAUCUCGAAUAAAGUUGAAUUUGAGCGAUUGGAAGAUGAUAGUGGGGAAGUGCCUUUCUUGCAAAAGCCUCAGACCUUUACUCAAGACAAGCCUGUAGUUAGUGAAAGUGUGAUUGCUCCUACUCCUCAGAGGCCUCGUUCAGCCUCUUUUGGAACUUCUACUCAGUCUCUGGAUACUAAAGUAUCUCCCUUGCCUGCUCCGAAUUCACAACGAAAAGUGUCUGGCAUUCCUCGUGCUUUUAACAGAAUACCUCCUCAUACUGCAUUCCCACAAUCUCCUGGUGAUCAGUCUUGCACAGACGAUGAUGUUCUGAAUUCUUCAAACAAAGUACUACAAAAACUAGAUAAAGAUAAACCUAGAGAAUCAUUCAAUAUUUCUCCUAAUACAAAAAUUCCUGUCCCAUGCUUCCCAUCUCCAAAAAAAGAAAAUCUUUGUCCUAAAGGGAGCAGAGUACUAUCUAAUGCAAUAUUACAAGACUCUGACAUUAUUUCAUCAUCUGACAUUGUCAGAGUGGAGCAGAAUUAUUAUCAUGCACCUCAGAGAAUGACACUUGCUGAUUGUAAUCUGAAUACUCAGUGUAAACCUUUACAUGAAGUGAACUUGAGUCCUCAUAGGACAAGUAGCAGUUUGUAUGGAGAUGGAUCAGAGUAUUACUCUGAACCUAAUGCAGAAAUAUCAGAUAUUCACUCAAUUUCAGAGCAACCAUUUAAGACUGCUGAAUCUCCAGUUAGCCAGCAAUUACGUGUGUCAGUGCCAAUGAAUUUAUCUUCUUUAUCAAACCUUAGCAUGAAUUCUCCAGCUGAACCCCAAAGUAAGCACCCUUCUAAGUGGAUGUUCGGACCUCACAAAAAUGCAAUGGUGUUUCCAGUGACCAUUCAGAAGAAUUCUGGACUUGGCUUCAGUAUUAGUGGAGGCAUGAAAGCGGUUAGCAACAGUGAAAGAUACGAAAAUGAAAUCUUCGUUACAAAAGUGCAUCCAAAUGGUCCUGCCAGCAAAGUCAUAAUGCCAGGGGAUAAAAUUUUAGAAGUAGAUGGAAUUGAUUUUACAAAAUUAGAACAUGAUGAAGCAGUAUCAGUUUUAAUGCAAACAGGGAAUAUUGUCAAUAUGAUGAUUUCUCGUCAUCAGUGAAGAUAACUUGACAAAGUAAAGAAAAUACUUCAAGGUGUGGCAAGAACAUAGUGAGGUAAUUAAUGAGAAGUAAAGACUGUUCGUCAGUAGACAUCAGGUGUAAGAGUGACAAGAUCUUUCACGUCAUUGUGUUCAUUUAUUCUGAGUAUUAUUUUAUUUCAAACUUGACAUUAGAAGCAUGUCCUUUCUUAAUGAAUCUUUUGAUACUACAUUUCAACAGAAUUUCUAUCACUGAACUUAGGCAUUAUGAUAGUGUGUCUUAUUCCAAUUUUUUAUCUCUAUCUAAGAUUUCUCCUAUUAAUUCUAAAUUGAAUUUCCUUCUCGUGAUAUAUUAUGGGUUAAAAGUCAAACUUCAUCAUUGAAAAUGUGCCUUUGAAGAAGAGGAUAAGUAGACAUCAAAGAACAGUGUGACAUCAUUAAAGCUUUGUAGAAUGUGGGCCAUGUGAAUUUUGUGCACACAGAGGAUAGUCUUAAUCGUAGUUGCUAUCCAUGUGCAGCCAUUAUAGAAAAGAAAUAAGUAAAUUAAAAUUUAAGACAGGAUAAAAUUAAUUUAGACUACAAUUAAUGAUAAGGAUGAUAUUUUUAAGUAUUUCUAUUACUAUUUCAUUGUAAAUGUUUUGUAAUUGAAAUUUAUUAUUAUUAUUAUUAUUA